UUCAAACUUCCGGUCGUGUGUCAUGGCGGCGCAGUGGAGCGAGCUAGAAGUGAAGAACUAAACCGGAGCCCCCUCCACCUCCUCCGCACUUCUCCACCUGGAUUAUUUUUCGGAGAGCCUUUGGGGGUAUUAGGUGCAUCGGGGGCGAGCCGGGAGCAAAUAUCAGGAUCGCAAAAGUGGUUGAUAGGAGAGGUUGCGGCGCGCGCAUCCGCCUGAGCAUGGCGGCGCACAAGCCCGUGGAGUGGGUCCAGGCCAUCAUUAACAGAUUCGACGAACAGCUACCUACAAAGACGGGACAACAGAGCACCCACAACAAAGUGAGCACAGAGCACAAUAAAGAAUGCUUAAUAAACAUCUCCAAGUACAAAUUCGCCCUUGUCAUCAAUGGUCUGACCAACAUACUCAAAAAUGUGAACAACAUGCGGAUUUUCGGCGAAGCUGCGGAGAAGAACCUCUACCUCUCCCAGCUGAUUAUCUUGGACACACUAGAGAAGUGUUUGGCAGGGCAACCCAAGGAUUGCCUGAGACUGGAUGAGGCCAUGCUGGUGAAGCAGUUGUUGCCUGAGAUCUGUCACUUUCUGCACUCGUACCGUGAGGGACAGCAGCACGCCGCUCAACUGCGCAGCUCUGCCUCUGCCGUGCUCUUCUCUCUAAGCUGCAACAACUUUAAUGCCGUCUUCAGUCGCAUAUCCACAAGGUUGCAGGAACUUACAGUAUGUACAGAAGACACAGUGGAUGUCCACGACAUUGAACUAAUCCAGUAUAUCAGCGUAGACUGCUCCAAGUUAAAGAGACUGCUACAAGAAACAGUACUUAAAUUCAAAGCUUUGAAAAAACCCGCCCAGCUUGCAGUAAUCAGCAGUCUGGAAAAGGCUUUCUGGAACUGGGUUGAACAUUAUCCUGAUGAGUUCACCAUGCUUUAUCAGAGACCCCAAGCUGACAUGGCCGACUGUGCGGAAAAACUGUUCGACCUGGUGGACAGUUUUGCAGAGAGCGCGAAGAGGAAAGCAGCCGUAUGGCCGCUCCAGAUCAUCCUCCUGAUUCUUUGCCCCGAGAUCACGCAGAGCAUCACCAAAGAAGUAGGGGGAGAAGAGAAGGCUAACAAGAAGUCAUUUUUGGAAAGCCUCCGGAAAGCUCUCGGACAGCACAGCGGCAGCAAACAACUGACUGAGAGCGCAGCCGUCGCCUGCGUCAAACUCUGCAAAGCAUGCACUUACAUCAACUGGGAGGAUAAUUCAGUUAUAUUUCUCUUGGUUCAGUCCAUCGUCAUGGAUCUUAAGGGUCUUCUUUUUAAUCCCACAAAGCCAUUCUCAAGGGGGGCGGGCUGCCAGAGUGCCGAUGUGGAUUUGAUGAUUGACUGUUUUGUGUCGUGUUAUCGCGUCAAUCCUCGCAACAACCAGCAUUUCAAGGUGUGUUUAGCUUCGACUUCUCCCCCAACCUUCCAUUUUGUCCUGGUCAACUCACUACACAAAAUAAUCACCAAUUCUCAUCUGGACUGGUGGCCGAAGAUCGACGCCAUCUACUGCUACUCAGGAGAACUGCGUGCCAUGUUUGCAGACACGUUGGGCAGAGUGCUCCAAAGUCUCAAUGCCCAUCCACCUUUGAGGAUGACAUCAAGUCUGACUUUUAAAGAAAAAAUGACGACCAGUUUAAAGUUCAAGGAGAAAUCCACAGACCUUGACUCACGCUCGCUACUGCUCGCCCUGGUCAAACUCAUCCACGGUGACCCCAAACUAAUGCUGCAUAACCCGGGGAAAUCAGGUCAAGAGAUGCAGAACAGCACAGCUGAGCUUAUCAAAGGCCUGGUCGCAUUAGUUCCUCUUAACAACAGUGUUGAAUUGUCACAGGAAGCUAUGGAGGCACUGUUGGUGUUACAUCAGCCAGAAACCAUUGAGCAGUGGAACCCUGAUGCAACCAUAGAGACCUUCUGGGACAUCAGCUCUCAGGUCUUAUUCUUGAUAUGUAAGAAGCUGAUUGGUCACCAGAUGAUCAACAGUACAGAGAUACUGAAGUGGCUUAGGGAGAUACUUAUUUGCAGGAACAAGUUUCUACUAAAGAACAAGGAAUGUGCCACACAGGGUAGUCUCAUUCCCAUCUGCAGGCAGGCUCAGACGAAGCUCGAGGUGUGUCUUUAUACCUUCCUGUGGAGCCCCGAUGCAGAGGCUGUGCUGGUGGCCAUGUCCUGCUUUCGCCAUCUCUGUGAGGAGGCCGACAUCCGUUGCAGUGUGGAUGAAAUGCCCAUGCACACCGCCCUGCCAAACUAUAACACUUUCAUGGAACUUGCCUCUGUCAGCAAUAUGAUGGCUACAGGCCGAAACACCCUUCAGAAAAGAGUGAUGGCACUGUUAAGGAGGAUAAAGCACCCCACAGCUGGAAACAUAGAGGCAUGGGAAGACACGUAUGCAAAAUGGGAACAAGCUACAAAACAAAUACUCAACCACUCGAAAAGCAAAGUGGAAGAUGGGCAGUUCUCUCUCUGUCCGCAGGAGUGGAUCAACAUGACAGGAUUCCUGUGCGCUCUAGGUGGAGUGUGUCUCCAGCAGCGCAGCACGCCCUGCCUGGGCACCUACAGUCCUCCCAUGGGCCCUCUCACCGAGCGUAAGAGCUCCAUGAUCUCCAUGGGUUCCUGUGAGGUCAACAGCGAAACGUCCCUCAAUAGGUUUGUGGAGCGUUUGCUGGCUCUGAUGGUGUGUACACACGAGAAAGUGGGCGUGCAGAUUCGCACCAACGUCAAAGACCUGGUUGGACUGGAGCUGAGUCCGGCCCUCUACCCCAUGCUCUUCACCAAGCUACGAAACAGCAUCGGACGGUUCUUUGACACGCAGGGCCCGGUCCCUAUUACAGACACCAACACUUUAUUUGUAGAGCAGACCAUCGCCAUCAUGAAGAACCUGCUGGACAGCCACACUGAGGGAAGCUCUGAGCACCUGGGUCAAGCCAGUAUUGAGACCAUGAUGCUCAACCUUGUCAGAUAUGUGCGUAUUUUGGGAAACCUGGUCCAUGCCAUUCAGAUUAAAACUAAGCUGUGUCAGUUAGUAGAGGUGAUGAUGCAGCGCAGAGAUGAUCUCUCCUUCUGCCAGGAAAUGAAAUUCAGAAAUAAAAUGGUGGAGUAUCUCACAGACUGGGUAAUGGGGACCUCCAAUCAAGCAGCAGACGAUGACAUCAAAUGUCUGACCCGGGAUCUUGACCAGGCCAGUAUGGAGGCAGUUGUUUCUCUGUUGGCUGGUCUUCCCCUGCAGCCCGAAGAGGGUGAUGGUGUCGAGCUCAUGGAGGCCAAGUCUCAGCUGUUUCUAAAGUACUUCACACUUUUCAUGAAUCUGUUGAAUGACUGCAGUGAGGUUGAGGAAGACGGACAGCAGGUCGCCGGGCGGAAACGUGGCAUGUCUAGGCGACUGGCAUCUCUGCGUCACUGCACGGUGCUGGCCAUGUCCAACCUACUAAAUGCCAAUGUGGACAGCGGCCUUAUGCACUCUAUCGGUCUGGGCUACCAUAAGGACUUACAGACACGUGCUACGUUCAUGGAGGUUCUCACUAAGAUCCUUCAGCAGGGGACUGAAUUUGACACGUUAGCAGAGACCGUGCUGGCCGAUCGCUUUGAGAGACUCGUCGAGCUGGUCACCAUGAUGGGAGACCAGGGAGAACUACCCAUUGCCAUGGCAUUGGCCAAUGUGGUCCCCUGCUCUCAAUGGGAUGAGCUGGCCAGGGUGUUGGUGACAUUGUUUGACUCUCGACAUCUGCUGUAUCAGCUGCUAUGGAACAUGUUUUCAAAAGAAGUGGAGUUAGCCGACUCUAUGCAGACACUUUUCAGAGGCAACAGCCUAGCCAGCAAGAUAAUGACAUUUUGCUUUAAGGUGUAUGGUGCUACAUAUCUGCAGAAGUUGCUGGAGCCUCUUCUAAAAGGAAUAAUCACUACGCCGGAAUGGCAGCAGAUCAGUUUUGAAGUCGACCCCACCAGGUUGGAAUCAACAGAGAACCUGGAGGAGAACCAGAAGAACCUGCUGCAGAUCACGGACCGCUUCUUUCUGGCUAUCAUCAACUCUUCCUCCGAGUUUCCUCCUCAGCUGCGCAGCGUUUGUCACUGCCUGUAUCAGGCUACUUGCCACUCCCUUCUGAAUAAAGCCACUGUUAAAGAAAAAAAGGAAAACAAAAAAUCCGUGGUCAGCCAGCGGUUUCCUCAAAACAGUAUCGGUGCUGUAGGAAGUGCCAUGUUCUUGCGCUUUAUUAACCCUGCUAUCGUCUCGCCGUAUGAGACGGGAAUCCUGGACAAGAAACCCCCUCCGCGGAUUGAACGCGGUCUCAAGCUCAUGUCUAAAAUUCUCCAGAGCAUUGCUAAUCACGUUCUCUUUACUAAAGAGGAGCACAUGCGGCCCUUUAAUGACUUUGUAAAAAGCAACUUUGAUGCUGCUAGAAGAUUCUUCUUGGAUAUUGCGUCUGACUCUCCUCCGAGUGAUUCGGUGAAUCACAGCCUGUCUUUUAUCAGUGAUGGAAAUGUUCUAGCACUGCACCGUCUGUUGUGGAACAACCAGGAGAGAAUUGGCCAAUACCUGUCCAGCAACAGGGAUCACAAGGCAGUGGGACGCAGACCAUUUGAUAAGAUGGCUACCCUUCUGGCGUACCUGGGCCCCCCUGAACAUAAGCCAGUGGCUGAUACACACUGGUCCAGUCUCAACCUUACCAGCUCAAAGUUUGAGGAGUUUAUGACAAGGCAUCAAGUUCAUGAAAAAGAAGAAUUUAAAGCUUUGAAGACACUCAACAUUUUUUACCAAGCUGGCACAUCUAAGAACGGGAAUCCCGUCUUUUAUUACAUUGCCCGCAGGUUCAAAACAGGACAAAUCAACGGGGAUCUUCUCAUAUACCAUGUGCUGCUAACCCUCAAGCCUUACUAUGCCAAGCACUAUGAGAUUGUUGUUGAUCUCACCCAUGUUGGUCCCAGUAACCGGUUCAAGACUGACUUUUUGUCCAAGUGGUUCGUGGUCUUUCCUAACUUCGCCUACGAGAACGUGGCUGCCGUGUACAUCUACAACUGCAACACCUGGGUACGAGAAUAUACCAAAUACCAUGAACGGCUACUGACUGGCCUCAAAGGAAGCAAGAAGCUGCUGUUUAUCGACUCGCCCGCACGCCUAGCCGACCAUAUCGAACCAGAGCAGCAGAAGCUGCCCGCUGCUACACUGGCACUGGAGGAAGACCUGAAAGUUUUCCACAAUACCCUAAAGCUUGCACACAAGGACACUAAGGUGUCAAUCAAGGUGGGCUCAACAACAGUACAGGUGACCGCCACCGAACGUACGCGUGUCCUCGGCCAACCCGUUUUCCUGAAUGACAUUUACUAUGCUUCAGAGAUCGAGGAAAUAUGCCUGGUGGAUGAGAGCCAGUUCACACUGACCAUCGCUAACCAGGGCACCCCUCUCUCGUUCAUGCACCAGGAGUGCGAAGCUAUCGUUCAGUCCAUCAUCCAUAUCCGUACACGCUGGGAGCUCUCCCAACCAGACUCCAUUCCUCAACACACCAAGAUCAGGCCUAAAGAUGUUCCUGGCACCCUGCUCAACAUCGCCCUGCUCAACCUGGGAAGCUCAGACCCCAGUUUGAGGUCAGCUGCGUACAAUCUCCUCUGUGCCUUAACCUGCACCUUUAACCUGAAGAUUGAAGGACAACUUCUGGAAACAUCUGGCUUGUGCAUCCCAGCAAACAACACCCUAUUUAUAGUGUCCAUUAGCAAAACACUAGCAGCCAAUGAACCCCACCUCACUCUGGAGUUUCUGGAAGAGUGCAUCUCUGGCUUUAGCAAAUCAAGUAUUGAGCUAAAGCAUCUGUGUCUGGAGUACAUGACUCCUUGGCUAAAAAAUCUGGUGCGCUUCUGCAAACACAACGAUGACGCUAAAAGGCAACGCGUCACAGCUAUCCUGGACAAACUCAUCACAAUGACUAUUAAUGAGAAGCAGAUGUACCCAUCCAUACAGGCAAAGAUAUGGGGCAGCUUGGGUCAGAUCACAGACUUGUUGGAUGUGGUGUUGGACAGCUUCAUAAAGACGAGUGCUACUGGGGGUUUGGGAUCUAUCAAGGCUGAAGUGAUGGCUGACACAGCCGUAGCACUGGCCUCAGGAAAUGUCAAGCUGGUGUCUAGCAAGGUGAUUGGCCGAAUGUGUAAGAUCAUCGAUAAGACGUGCCUGUCUCCCACCCCUACCCUGGAGCAGCACCUGAUGUGGGACGACAUUGCCAUCCUGGCUCGAUACAUGCUCAUGCUCUCCUUCAACAACUCUCUAGACGUGGCCGCCCACCUGCCAUACCUGUUUCACGUCGUCACCCUGCUUGUGGCCACCGGCCCGCUGUCCCUCAGAGCAUCAACACAUGGCCUUGUUAUUAACAUCAUUCAUUCUCUCUGCACCUGCUCGCAACUCAACUUCAGUGAGGAAACUAAACAGGUGCUGCGUCUGAGUCUCACUGAGUUCUCCCUGCCCAAAUUCUACCUGCUGUUUGGCAUCAGUAAGGUGAAGUCUGCAGCAGUCAUAGCUUUCCGCUCCAGCUACAGGGACCGCUCGUUCUCACCCGGCUCCUAUGAGAGAGAAACGUUUGCUUUGUCCUCCCUGGAAACAGUAACGGAGGCUCUGCUUGAGAUCAUGGAGGCUUGCAUGAGGGACAUUCCUGGAUGCAAAUGGCUAGAUCAGUGGACUGAAUUGGCUCAAAAGUUUGCUUUCCAGUAUAACCCAUCACUUCAGCCCAGGGCCCUGGUGGUGUUCGGCUGUAUCAGUAAGCGAGUGACUCACGGACAGCUCAAACAGAUCAUUCGUAUUCUCAGCAAAGCCAGUCCUCUGCUCAGCAUCGACCGGGGGCUGGAGAGCUGCUUAAAAGGACCGGAUAACUACAACAGCCAGGUUCUCAUUGAAGCCACAGUCAUCGCACUUACCAAAUUACAGCCUCUCCUCGAUCAGGAUUCCCCCAUGCAUAAAGCUCUGUUCUGGGUGGCUGUAGCCGUGCUGCAACUUGAUGAAGUGAAUCUGUACUCUGCUGGUACUGCACUACUGGAGCAGAACCUGCACACACUGGACAACCUCCGGGUGUUUAAUGAUAAGAGUCCUGAGGAGGUCUUCAUGGAGAUCCGGAAGCCUCUGGAAUGGCACUGUAAACAAAUGGACCAUUUUGUGGGACUUAACUUUUCCUCCAACUUUAACUUUGCAUUAGUGGGGCACUUACUCAAAGGAUACAGACAUCCAUCUUCCACCACAGUGGCAAGAACAGUUCGUAUACUUCAUACGCUUCUGGGGCUGGUGGGAAAACACCUCAGCUGUGAUAAGUUUGAGGUGAACACGCAGAGUGUCGCUUAUCUGGCAGCUUUGCUUACGGUAUCUGAGGAAGUAAGAAGUCGCUGCAGCUUAAAACACAGGAAGUCAUUACUGCUCUCGGAUGUCAGCAUGGAAAACUUUCCGAUGGACACGUAUGCAAUGUAUGAUGCAGAGCCUGGAUGCAGAAUGCUGAGAGAAAACCAGCCAUGGACUUCUCCAAAAGUGCCAGAGCGUAGCCUCGUACCCCAUUACUCUGCAAUGGGACAGGCCAGCCUUCGCCCACGCAAAUCCAUGAGCGUGGACAUGGGCCAGCCAUCACAAGCCAACUCAAAGAAAAUACUGGGCACCAGAAAGAGUUUCGAUCACCUGAUAUCUGACUCCAAAGCUCCAAAGAGACCCGACAUGGAGUCGGGCAUGACCACGCCUCCGAAGAUGAGGCGGGUUUCUGAAAAUGAUUAUGAGAUCGAAACCCAGCGAAUGGCAAACUCUCAUUUGCGAAAAGUGUCCAUGUCCGAGUCCAACGUUCUCCUGGAUGACAAGGUUCUUACAGACCCGAAAAUCCAGACGCUGCUCCUCACUGUGCUGGCGACGCUAGUAAAAUAUACUACUGAUGAGUUUCAUCAGCGAAUCCUAUAUGAGUAUUUGGCCGAAGCCAGUGUGGUUUUCCCUAAAGUUUUUCCUGUAGUCCACAACCUGCUGGACUCCAAAAUCAGCACCGUCCUUUCCAUGUGCCAGGACCCGAACCUCCUGAAUCCGGUCCAUGGCAUCAUUCAGAACGUGGUCUAUCACGAGGAGUCCCCUCCACAGUACCAGCCGUCCUGCUUACAGAGUUUUGGUUUCAAUGGACUAUGGAGGUUCGCUGGGCCCUUCUCAAAGCAAACUCAAAUUCCUGACUAUGCUGAAUUAGUGGUCAAGUUCUUGGAUGCUUUGAUUGACACCUACAUUCCUGGCAUUGAGGAGGAAGGAGGGGAAGAGUCGCUGCGCACACCCACCUCCCCAUAUCCGCCCACCGUCCAGAGCCAGCUCAGCAUCACAGCCAACCUUAACCUGUCCAACUCUAUGACAUCACUCGCCACCUCACAACACUCACCAGAGGGCCCUAUAGUUUAUAGACGGUCCCCAACUCUCACCCAUCCGCGAAGCACAGAGGAGGUGCCACCGAAAUCAGCUGCCUGUCUGCCUUGCUCUAAGUCGGCCGUAUUCCCACCUCACCUCGCCCUCCCAGGUAUUGACAAGGAGAACGUUGAGAUUUCGCCCACUUCAAGUCUCUCGUCCAGUGGGCGAGCACGGCAUGGGUCAGCCAGCCAGGUGCAAAAGCAACGCAGUGCAGGCAGCUUCAGACGGUCAAGCAUUAAAAAGAUCGUCUGAGAUCUUGAGGAAUCCUUCGUGGCUAUUGUGCAUCUCCACGAAUCCGUUUUGUUUUCUGCUGUCCGGUUUAACACCGUUCCUGCAUUGAUGUCCUGAGGAAGGACACAAGUUUAACUGAAGCUCGCCACACUCGGAUAAAUUCACGAAGGGGAGUAUGAACAAACUCGGAGAUUGCACCGAAACGCUUCGCGUUGCACUUAACACCGUCAAAAACUGAAUCCGUUUUGGGACCGACCACAUUUAAACGCAAGAUUUGGCGCGUAUGCGCAUCUCUGUUCGCUUCGAGCUCCCGAACCAUUUUGAACGUGCACCAAGAAGAGGCAUCCUUUCUUCAUCUUGCAACUUGCACAAACGUAUCUUUUAUUAAAAGAAACAUGAAUGAGAAACUGACUGAAUCAACCACUACAGCAUACGGAUGACCAAUUUUAACUGUGUGGAGACUUGCAGCCUCAUUAUUCUGGCCCGGCAUGACCUGCCUUUUCCAUAUAGUCUUGGACCCACGUUUAGGAUGGAUGAACAGCCUGUCGUAGAGAACCUGAUAUUUACAGGUUUCAAAUCUGGUCGUCUUUAUGAUCCCAACCAGAUGUAUACACGGAAAGCUUACGCGUGUACUAUACUAUCGACGACAAUAACGAUCAUAUGUUUUGGGUUCUGAUUUUAUCCAUUGUGUGCCUUUGUCAGGGUUCUGAGCUGUGUAUGGUUUGUCAAAUAGGCAAGACCUCAUUAAGGAAGGGAAAACAGGUACUAAUUAUGAAAAAAAAAGUGUUGCGGCUUUAACAUAUACAGUAACCGUACGUUACUAUGGUCUAAACAGUACCAUGUGACUAAUUGAAUAUAAAAAAAUCAUCCUGCAACAUCUAAAUAUUUAUUCUGUAAAUGUAGAUAAUCCUUUUAGAAAUCACAUGAAGGUAUUUCUUUGCAGUCGUUGUUAUGUCAUCAGUCGUCAAAACAAGAUUAAAGAAGAGCAAAGGAUGAGUCCGUGUAGUUUUCCGUCCUAUCUUUAUCAUAAAAAUUAUGCUUUGUUUACAAAUACAAUUGGUUGAUGUAAUGUAGAUUACAGAGUGCCAUCAGGUGUGACAUUUCCAAAAAUGUUCCCCUUCAAACACAAUUGGCAUUAAAAUGAACGUUUUUGCGUCUCACAGUGGUGCAAUAUGUUUUUUGUUGAACACUAUGGGUUUUGAAAUUGCACAUAAUUAAAAUGUGUGAUCUGGAAAUAUCCGUGCAUUUUUACUUUCCAAUUUCCCACAUUUGUUUCUCACUAAAGUCUCCAAAUCCCACAAAACACUGACAUGGUAACAUUGCACCAAAGACUAGUUUGCAAUAUUGUGAGAAGAAACUGUUGUGAACUCCAUAUAUUUUUGUCUGUCUGUAUGUGUUAUAUACUUUAAACGAAUUUCUUCCUUACAGUUUUCACGUAGCUUGUAACACAUGGUUAUCUCACACAGCCACUAAUCUGUUAUUGUGAAAUUAAAGCGAGAGCGUUUUUAUUUUUGCAAAAUUUAACAAAAAUUUGCCAUUUAAAGUUGACAAGUACAAUGGCCUUGGGUGUUUUUGUGUGCAAUAUCUGUCUUCUGCAUUCAACGACCAGUCGAAACUAAAAGGUAAUGGUUGUGGUCCUGGUAACGAACCCAUUAAUGUUUAUGAAUGUCAUUUAUUAAUUUUUUGUUGUUUUUAAUGGAGGGGGGGAGUAAAUGGCAUGAUGUGUUUGCUGCUUCAUGCGGAAAUACUUAUGAAAGGGAAUCUUGCAUUACUAAAGAAGGGUACCUAACAAAUUAAAGAGGAUGGCAAAUGUGGGAUUUAAUUUUAGCUUUGUUUCCGAAAGAGUUACCAGAGUUUCAUGUUUUACUCUUGGAAUUGGGACCAAAUCAAUGUUGUCUUUUCUGUUUCAUUUGUGGAUUUAUUUUUACUUUAAUGUUUGUUUUACAACUUUACUACCAUUAAGAUUCAAACACUUAUGUUUCUCUAAAUUUUGUAUGAUCAUUUUAGUGCACUAAAUAUUAUGGUAAAAUAUACUAAUAACAGCAGAUUUCACAAUGCCAUACGUUUUAUCAAAAGCAAAACUUGAAAUAGGAUUAAUAUGUUUUUUUCCUGAUUUAUAUGUUUAAUAUUAAUCUGUGUCAAAUUUAAAGGUGUGUUUUCAAAACCGAUAAUAUGAAGGAACAUCAGUGACCCAAAUGAGACGUGUAAGAUUUUAUUAUUUUGCAUUUAUUACUUUAAAAAACCAAAAUAUAACUCCUUUAUAUUUAAAUCUGACAUGUUGCAUUGCUGUUGCCAAUUAAAACUGACUAAAUCAGAUGUAUUCUCUGUAUGUCUGAUAUCUUGUUACUUCAAUAACUCAUAACAUGCCCCUAAGCCUUUUAAAUUACAUAUGUGAUUGAAUUUUCUUGUUCAUCAUAAACAGACUAAAAAGGUUUAUUUUAUAUAAUUCAAGAUUUGUUUGUCUGACGCAUUUUUGCCACAUUUUAAUUGCAUUGAUCAUCUGUAAACAAUGUAUUUGUCACUUGUAAAUAUGUUUGUGUAAAAUUGGAAGGUAUAUAAAUACAAGUGUAAAUAUAUGUGAUAUUGUAUUACUUGCUUUUUUUGUAAAGCGGUUAGUUGCUGUACAUGUAUAACAUGGCAAUUAAAUUAUACCAGUGUUCGUAAUAAAAGUUUCCCUCAACCCUGUUAA